ACGAAGACUUGAGCAAAAAAAGUCUCCCUUUCCUGAUAAAAUGCAAUAACUAGAGCAAGCUGCAAUAUGAACAAAUGAAGGUUCUUGGUCUUAGCCAUAUGUGUAGUCCCUCUCUAUAAAUACUACCACACAACCGUUCCCUUGACGCGCAUUACAUUGUUUUCUAAAGCCAACUGUAGAUUGAACUCUUUGUUCAGCACCAAGAAGUGAGCAACAGAAGAGAGGAAAAGAAAUGUUUCAGAACAUUAUUGAUGCCAUCACUGGUUGUUGUACAGGGGACUGUAAAAAGAAGAUAAGAGGCACUGUUGUGCUGAUGAAGAAGAAUGUUCUGGACUUAACUGAUUUAAAUGCUUCGAUUCAUGACCGUGUUCAUGAGUUUUUAGGCCAAGGAGUCUCUCUGCAACUCGUUAGUGCCGUUAACAGUGACCCUUCAGCGAAUGAUUUGAAAGGGAAGCUAGGAAAACCUGCAUAUUUGGAAAAAUGGAUCACUACAGUCACUCCCUUAACAGCAGGCGAGACGGCAUUCCAAGUUACCUUUAAUUGGGAUGAGGAGAUUGGAAUUCCAGGGGCGUUGCUAGUAAAAAAUAAUCAUCAGAGUGAAUUCUACCUUAAGACUGUCACACUUGAAGGUGUUCCUGGCCUUGGCCGAGUCCAUUUUGUUUGCAAAUCGUGGAUUUAUCCUGCAGAACAUUACAGUAAACCUCGUAUUUUCUUCACUAACAAGACAUAUCUGCCACACGAGACACCAGCACCGCUUCGUAAGUACAGGGAAGAAGAACUGUUUCAUUUGAGAGGAAAUGGAGAAGGAGAGCUUAAGGAAUGGGAUCGCGUCUAUGACUAUGAUUUUUAUAAUGAUUUGGGAUCUUCUAAAAAGGGUUCAGAGUAUUUCCGUCCUGUUCUUGGUGGCUCUUCGGAGCACCCUUAUCCUCGUAGGGGAAGAACAGGCCGCAAAAAAGAAGAUCCCAACACUGAGAGCAGGCUGCCACUUCUGAAGAGCUUAAGCAUAUAUGUUCCGAGAGAUGAACGAUUUGGUCAUCUGAAGAUGGCAGACUUCCUUGCUUAUGCUCUGAAAACCGUAGCUCAAGUUGUUAAAAAUGGAGUGGAUACAUUUGUUGACACCACCCCUAACGAGUUUGACUCUUUUGAUGAUGUAUUGAAACUCUAUGAGGGAGGAAUUGAGCUGCCUCAUGUUCCUCUAUUAGAUAACAUCAGGAAAAACUUUCCCUUGGAGUUUCUUGAGGAAAUUUUCCGAACUGAUGGGGAACGUUUUUUCGAAUUUCCAAAGCCUCAAGUGAUUAAAGAUAAUCAUUCUGCUUGGAGGACUGAUGAAGAAUUUGGCAGAGAAAUGUUGGCUGGAGUAAACCCUGUUCUCAUUCGUCGUCUUGAGGAAUUCCCCCCGAAAAGCAAGCUAAAUACAGAGCUAUAUGGUGACCAAAAUAGUAAGAUAACUGAGGAGCACAUACAGAAUAGUCUGGAUGGACUGACCAUCGAUGAGGCAAUCAGGAACAACAGGAUGUUCAUAUUAGAUCAUCAUGAUGCAUUGAUGCCAUAUCUGAGGAGGAUAAACACUACUUCCACAAAGACUUAUGCCACAAGAACCCUGCUUUUCUUGAAAGAUGACGGAACUUUGAAGCCACUUGCAAUUGAGUUAAGCUCACCCCAUGAAGAGGGAGAUAAAUAUGGAUCGAAAAGCGAAGUCUACACCCCAGCUGAAACUGGUGUUGAAAGUUUCAUUUGGCAGCUGGCUAAAGCUUAUGUGGGUGUAAACGACUCCGGCUAUCAUCAGCUUAUCAGCCACUGGUUGCAUACUCAUGCAGUAAUUGAGCCAUUUGUGAUUGCAACAAAUAGGCACCUCAGUGUGCUUCAUCCGAUACAUAAACUACUAGAACCUCACUUCCGGGACACAAUGUACAUAAAUGCACUCGCAAGGCAGAUCCUCAUCAAUGCUGGUGGAUUUCUGGAAAUGACAGUUUAUCCUUCGAAGUAUGCCUUAGAAAUGUCAUCAUCACUUUACAGAAGCUGGGAUUUCACUGAGCAAGCACUUCCUGAGGAUUUGAAGAAGAGAGGAGUGGCAGUUGAUGAUCCAAAUUCUCCGCAUGGUGUUCGUCUCCUGAUAAAAGAUUACCCAUAUGCCGUCGAUGGACUUGAGAUAUGGUCGGCAAUCAAAGAAUGGGUCAGAGACUACUGCUCUUUCUACUACAAGACUGAUGAAAUGGUUCAAAACGACACUGAAAUCCAAUCUUGGUGGAAGGAAGUGAGAGAGGUAGGGCAUGGUGACCAGAAAGAUGCACCAUGGUGGCCAAAGAUGCGGACUCGUGAAGAGCUGAUAGAAUCAUGUACCAUAAUCAUAUGGGUGGGAUCAGCUCUUCAUGCAGCUGUCAACUUUGGGCAAUACCCUUAUGGAGGCUACCUUCCGAAUCGUCCAAGCACAAGCCGUAGAUUCAUGCCACAGAAAGACUCUCCUCAGUACGAGGAACUCAAGUCGAACCCUGACAAGUUUUUCUUGGAAACAAUCACUGCCCAGUUGCAAACACUUCUUGGCAUUUCCCUCAUAGAAAUUCUAUCAAGGCAUUCCUCAGACGAGGUGUAUCUUGGGCAGCGAGACAUUCUUGAAUGGACAGCAGACAAAGAACCAACAGAGGCGUUUAAGAAAUUCGGAAGGAAACUGGCAGUCAUUGAGGACAGGAUAUUGGAUAUGAACAGAGAAGCGAGAUAUAAGAAUCGUGUUGGGCCAGUCAAGGUGUCAUACACUCUGUUGGUUCCUACCAGUGGCCCUGGGCUCACUGCAAGGGGAAUUCCAAACAGUGUUUCAAUCUAAAGCUUCUCCACAACACAAUGUAUUCUAGCUCGAUAUCAUUUGUUGCUAUGCAGGCACUCUUACAUAAAAAUUUUGAGCAUUUUAAAUCACCAAUAUCUGUAAUUCUUAUUAGAUGCCUUAUGGCACAUAUGUCCUGGUGUAAUAAACUUGAUAAAUAAUGAAGAACA